GCCUCGCAGAGCUGAGGACGCGCGCGGCGCUGCUCAAGUCUCUCUCUCAGCACCCUCGCCGGCCGGCAUCUGACACGGGUGCCAGGGGGCUCCGGGCGCCUUUCAGUGUCCCUUCCCUAGGCCGGCCGGGACUCCGCAACCCAGACGCUGCCGCUGCGGCCACCGCCCGAGGGGACCUGCGGACAGGACGCCGGCAGGAGGAGGGGUGCGCAGCGCCCUCCCAGAGCGUCUCCCCCUCUGCGCGGCGACACCCGGGCCUCCUGGCCCCAGGAGACCCCGCUGCCUCGCCAAGUGUACGGGACUGAAGUUCUUGGAGAAGGGAGCCCAACUCUUCAAGGUGAACUAUGACCACUUUACUCUUCGUGUUUGUGACUCUGAGAGUCAUCGCGGCAGCCAUCUCAGUAGAAGUUUCAGACCCUGACAACUCGCUGAGUGUCAGCAUCCCUGAACCGUCCCCGCUGCAGGUCCCCCUGGGGAGCUCCCUCACCAUCCCCUGCUACUUCAUCGACCCCAUGCACCCCGUGACCACCGCCCCCUCCACCGCCCCCCUCGCCCCAAGAAUCAAGUGGAGCUGCAUUUCCAAGGAGAAGGAGCUGGUGCUGCUAGUGGCGACUGAAGGGCAGGUGCGGGUUAACAGUGCCUACCAAGACAGGGUCACGCUACCCAACUACCCGGCCAUCCCCAGCGACGCCACCCUGGAAAUCCAGAACCUGAGCUCCAAUGACUCUGGGAUCUAUCGCUGCGAGGUGAUACACGGCAUCGAGGACAGCGAGGCCACCCUGGAGGUCGUGGUGAAAGGCAUCGUGUUCCAUUACAGAGCCAUCUCCACACGCUACACCCUGGACUUCGACAGGGCUCAGCGGGCCUGCCUGCAGAACAGCGCCAUCAUCGCCACGCCCGAGCAGCUGCAGGCCGCCUAUGAGGACGGCUUCCACCAGUGCGACGCCGGCUGGCUGGCAGACCAGACUGUCAGGUACCCCAUCCACACUCCAAGGGAAGGCUGCUAUGGGGACAAGGAUGAGUUUCCCGGCGUAAGAACCUACGGCAUCCGUGAUACCAAUGAAACCUAUGACGUGUACUGCUUCGCAGAGGAGAUGGAGGGCGAGGUCUUUUAUGCAACAUCCCCGGAGAGGUUCACCUUCCAGGAGGCAGCCAAUGAGUGCCGGCGUCUGGGCGCCCGGCUGGCCACCACGGGCCAGCUCUACCUGGCCUGGCAGAGUGGCAUGGACAUGUGCAGCGCCGGCUGGCUGGCCGACCGCAGCGUGCGCUACCCCAUCUCCAAGGCCCGGCCCAACUGCGGGGGCAACCUCUUGGGCGUGAGGACUGUCUACCUGCACGCCAACCAGACGGGAUACCCCGACCCCUCAUCCCGCUACGACGCCAUCUGCUACACAGGUGAAGACUUUGUGGACAUCCCAGAAAAUUUCUUCGGGGUGGGUGGUGAGGAAGACAUCACCAUCCAGACGGUGACCUGGCCUGAUGUGGAGCUGCCUUUGCCCCGAAACAUCACCGAGGGUGAAGCCCGAGGCAGCGUGAUCCUCACGGUGAAACCCGUCUUUGACAUCACCCCUACCGCCCUGGAGCCCGAGGAGCCCUUCACUUUUGCCCCCGAAGUAGGGGCCACCGCCUUCUCUGAGGCCGAGAACAGGACUGAAGAGGCUACCCGGCCCUGGGCCUUUCCCGAGGAGUCCACAUCUGGCCUGGGCGCUCCGACAGCCUUCACCAGCGAGGACCUCGUCGUGCAGGUGACCGCAGCCCCAGGUGCAACCGAGGUCCCUGGGCAGCCACGACUGCCAGGGGGAGUUGUGUUCCACUACCGCCCGGGCUCCUCCCGCUACUCACUGACCUUUGAGGAGGCCCAGCAGGCCUGCCUGAGCACCGGGGCCGUCAUCGCCUCACCCAAACAGCUCCAGGCCGCCUAUGAAGCAGGCUACGAGCAGUGUGACGCCGGCUGGCUGCAGGACCAGACCGUCAGAUACCCCAUUGUGAGCCCACGGACCCCGUGUGUGGGUGACAAGGACAGCAGCCCGGGGGUCCGGACCUAUGGCGUGCGACCACCAUCAGAAACCUACGAUGUCUACUGCUACGUGGACAGACUCGAUGGGGAGGUGUUCUUCGCCACACGUCUGGAGCAGUUCACCUUCCAGGAAGCACAGGAGUUCUGUGAAUCCCAAAACGCCACACUGGCCACCACGGGCCAGCUCUAUGCUGCCUGGAGCCAGGGCCUGGACAAGUGCUACGCUGGCUGGCUAUCUGACGGCAGCCUCCGCUACCCCAUCGUCACCCCAAGGCCUGCCUGCGGCGGGGACAAGCCAGGUGUGAGAACCGUCUAUCUCUACCCCAACCAGACAGGCCUCCUGGACCCGCUGUCACAACACCACGCCUUCUGCUUCCGAGGCGUCUCGGCGGCGCCCUCUCCAGGAGAAGAGGAGGGUAGCGCACCCACAGAGCUCCCUGAGGUGGAAGACUGGAUCAUUGCUGAAGUGGGGCCCAGCGUGGCUGCUGUCCCUGUUGGGGAGGAGACGACUGCAAUCCCAGACUUCACCACUGAGCCAGAAAACCAGACGGAAUGGGAGCCCGCCUACACGCCAGCGGGCACUUCCCCACUGCCAGAGAUCCCUCCUACGUGGCUUCCCACUAGCGCAGCAACAGAGGAGAGCACAGAAGGCCCUUCUACAACGGAAGUGCCCUCAGCCUCGGAGGAGCCAUUGCCCUCAGAAAAGCCGUUGCCCUCAGAAGAACCAUUCCCCUCAGAGGAAUCAUCCACACUUACAGCUCCAGUGCCCAGCAGGACUGAGCUGCCAGGCUCUGGGGAGAUAUCUGGGGUGCCUGAAGUCAGUGGUGACUUCACAGGCAGUGGAGAAAUUUCAGGACACCUGGACUCCAGUGGGCAGCCCUCCGGGGAAAUUGCAAGUGGACUGCCCUCUGAAGACCUUGACUUCAGUGGGCUCACCUCUACAGUGGGCUCAGGCCUGCCUGUGGAAAGUGGACUGGCUUCAGGAGAUGAAGAUAGAAUUACGUGGACCAGCACUCCUGAAGUUGACAGGUUGCCCUCUGGAGGUGAGGUCCCAGAGGGCUCUGUCUCUGGAAUAGGGGACCUCAGUGGACUGCCUUCUGGAGAAGGUCCAGAAGUCUCUGCCUCUGGAGUAGGGGACCUCAGUGGACUUCCUUCUGGAAGAGAGGACCUAGAGACCUCUGUCUCUGGAGUAGAGGACCUCAGUGGGCUUCCUUCUGGAGGAGAGGACCUCAGUGGACUUCCUUCUGGAAGAGAGGACCUAGAGACCUCUGUCUCUGGAAUAGAGGAUCUCAGCGGACUUCCUUCUGGAGAAGGUCCAGAAGCCUCUGCCUCUGGAGUAGGGGACAUCAGUGGACUUCCUUCUGGAGGAGAGGGUCUAGAGACCUCUGUCUCUGGAGUAGAGGACCUCAGUGGACUUCCUUCUGUAGGUGAGGAUCAUCUAGAGACCUCUGCUUCUGGAGUAGGGGACCUUAGUGGACUUCCUUCUGGAAGGGAAAGUCUGGAGAUCUCUGCUUCUGGAGCUGAGGAUCUUAGUGGGUUGACUUCUGGAAAAGAAGACUUGAUUGGGUCAGCUUCUGGAGUCUUGGACCUUGGCAGAAUACCUUCUGGAACUCUAGGAAGUGGGCAAGCUCCAGAAGCAAGUGGCCUUCCCUCUGGAUUUAGUGGUGAGUAUUCUGGGGUGGACCUUGGAAGUGGCCCAUCUUCUGGCCUUCCUGACUUCAGUGGACUUCCAUCUGGGUUCCCAACUGUCUCCCUAGUGGAUACUACAUUGGUGGAAGUGGUCACAGCCACCACUGCAGGUGAACUAGAAGGAAGGGGAACCAUUGGCAUCAGUGGUGCUGGAGAAACAUCUGGGCUGCCCUUCAGUGAGUUGGACAUUAGUGGAGGAGCAAGCGGACUCUCUUCAGGAGCUGAACUCAGUGGCCAGGCAUCUGGGUCUCCUGACAUCAGUGGGGAAACAUCUGGACUCUUUGGUGUCAGUGGACAGCCAUCAGGGUUUCCUGACAUUAGUGGGGGAACAUCUGGACUUUUUGAGGUCAGUGGGCAGCCAUCAGGGUUUUCUGGGGAAACAUCUGGUGUGACUGAGCUUAGUGGACUGUCCUCCGGACAACCAGAAAUCAGUGAAGAAGCUUCUGGAGUUCUUUCUGGCAUUGGUCCACCAUUUGGCAUAACCGACCUGAGUGGAGAAACAUCCGGGAUCCCUGAUCUCAGUGGGCAGCCAUCGGGGUUACCAGGGUUCAGUGGGACAACAUCCGGAAUCCCUGACCUGGUUUCCAGUGCCGUGAGUGGUAGUGGUGAAUCUUCUGGCAUUACAUUCGUGGACACCAGUUUGGUUGAAGUGACCCCAACUACAUUUAAAGAAGAAGAAGGUUUAGGGUCCGUGGAACUCAGUGGUCUCCCUUCAGGAGAGGCAGAUCUCUCAGGCACAUCUGGGAUAGUGGAUGUCAGUGGACUAUCUUCUGGAGUAAUUGACUCCAGUGGGUUUACACCCCAGCCUCCAGAAUUCAGUGGCCUGCCAAGCAGAGUAGCUGAGGUCAGUGGAGAGUCCUCUGGAGCUGAGAGUGGGAGCAGCCUGCCCUCCGGAGAAUAUGACGGCCGUGGACUUCCAUCUGGUUUCUCCACUGUCUCUCUUGUAGACAGAACUUUGGUGGAAUCUGUAACCCAGGCUCCAACAGCCCAAGAAGCAGGAGAAGGGCCUUCGGGCAUUUUGGAACUUAGUGGUGCCCCUUCUGGAGCACCAGACAUGUCUGGAGACCAUUCAGGACUUUUGGACCAAAGUGGACUUCAGUCUGGACUGGUAGAGCCCAGUGGAGAGCCAUCCAGUACUCCAUAUUUUAGCGGGGACUUUUCUGGCACCACUGAUGUAAGCGGAGAAUCCUCUGCACCCACGAGCACCAGUGGGGAGGCCUCAGGACUUCCAGAAGUUACUUUAAUCACUUCUGAGUUUGUGGAGGGUGUUACUGAAGCAACUGUUUCCCAGGAACUGGGCCAAAGACCCCCUGUAACGUACACCCCCCAGCGUUUUGAGUCCAGUGGAGAAGCCUCUGCAUCUGGGGAUGCACCAAGGUUCCCCGGGUCUGGGGUGGAAGCAUCAUCAGUCCCAGAAUCUAGCAGUGAGACGUCUGCCUAUCCUGAGGCUGAGGUGGGAGCAUCUGCUGCCCCCGAGGCCAGCGGAGGCACUUCCAGGUCCCCUGAUCUGAGUGAAACCACCUCCACCUUCCAUGAAGCUGAUCUGGAGGGAGCCUCAGGCCUGGGAGUGAGAGGUAGCACCUCAGCCUUUCAGGAAGGCCCCAGGGAGGGCUCGGCUGCCCUGGAAGUGAGUGGAGAGUCAACCACCACCUAUGAUGUGGGCACAGAGGCAUCAGGUUCACCUUCAGCUACUCCCGUGGCUUCUGGAGACAGGACUGAAAUCAGCAGAGACCUGUCUGGUCACAGCUCGGGGUUGGAUGUUGUCAUCAGCACCACCAUCCCGGAAUCCAAGUGGACUCAGCAGACCCAGAGCCCUGCAGAGGCGCAUCCAGAAAUCGAGUCCUCAAGCCCCGUGCACUCAGGAGAAGAGACCCAAACAGCUGAAAUACCCACCUCCCCAACUGAUGCUUCCAUCCCAACCUCUCCAGGAGGGACAGAUGAAUCAGAGGCAACCAUGGCAGACAUUGACGAGUGCCUCUCAAGCCCUUGUCUGAAUGGAGCCACCUGCGUGGACGCCAUCGACUCUUUCACAUGCUUAUGCCUUCCCAGCUACCAAGGGGACCUGUGUGAGAUCGACCAGAAGCUGUGUGAGAAGGGCUGGACCAAGUUCCAGGGCCACUGUUACCGCCACUUCCCUGACCGGGCAACCUGGGUGGACGCCGAGGGCCAGUGCCGGAAGCAGCAGUCCCACCUGAGCAGCAUCGUCACCCCCGAGGAGCAGGAGUUUGUCAACAACAAUGCUCAGGACUAUCAGUGGAUCGGCCUGAAUGACAAGACCAUCGAAGGAGACUUCCGCUGGUCAGAUGGACACUCCUUGCAAUUUGAGAACUGGCGCCCCAACCAGCCUGACAACUUCUUUGCCACUGGGGAGGACUGCGUGGUGAUGAUCUGGCAUGAGAAGGGCGAGUGGAAUGAUGUUCCCUGCAAUUACCAGCUGCCCUUCACGUGUAAAAAGGGCACAGUGGCCUGCGGAGAGCCCCCCGUGGUGGAGCACGCCAGGAUCUUCGGGCAGAAGAAGGACCGGUACGAGAUCAAUUCCCUGGUGCGGUACCAGUGCACCGAGGGCUUUGUCCAGCGCCAUGUGCCCACCAUCCGGUGCCAGCCCAGCGGGCACUGGGAGGAGCCUCGGAUCACCUGCACAGACCCCUCCACCUACAAGCGCAGACUACAGAAGCGGAGCUCACGGCCCCUGCGGAGGAGCCGCCCCAGCACGGCCCACUGAGAGGAGCUUCCAGGACGUGCCCAGGAUGCUGAGCCCAGGAGCCUUGCCAGGCUGACAUCCCACAGGGAUGGUGUCCUCUCCUUGUCGCUUUCUGUCAUAUAAGGAAUUCCAUUAAAGAAGGAAAAAAAAUAAAUCCCACAUUGUGUAUGCACCCACCCACCCCCUCAAAUCGCCAAAACUGCAUCUAAUUUUCCUCCCAAAUGCCAAAGCAAAGCAAACGUAUUGUAACCCGUGGACUGAGUUUAGAGACGUUUCUUCAAUCUCCCGUUGUGCCUUUCCAGGGACCAGCGCAGGGACAGGGGGAGAAGGGGAGGGGUUAAGUUAAAUAAAGAAGGUAAUUUUUUUGUUUCCUGACUUUAUCCAAGAGCAGUGCAAUCGUUGGUUCUUUCACCUCCAGGGAGAGCUAGGGAGGAGGGAGGAAGGGGCAGAGGCCUGAGGGCAUGAAGAGUGCGGAACCGCAGCUGAAUGUAUGGGAUGAGACGGAGUCGGAGGGCUGUGCCAUCUGUGCUGGGGAGAAGCCUGGGGGAGAGGGUGUGGCUUCCGGCCGCAGAUGAGCGGGCAGGAGAGAGCCAUCGAGGGAUCUUCCGAAGCGUGGGGGUCGGGUUCCCUCCGAGGGUCCCUUUUCCAGAGUCCUCUCACCCGGGUCUGCCACCCUAGCAGGUGUCGAUCUCGAUCUCGGCAGGGCUGGGCGGGGGGCAUUUCCUUCCCGGUGGGAGUGCCGCCCAACCCUCCCCCCUCCCUCCCCCACCCCCCGGGACCGUGCAGGCACCAGGGUUCC